AAGAGAGUUUCGAAGGACGUCACCGAGAAUCUGCCGCAGCCAGUUUUUUACUGUCGUUACCAUUUGACCGGCGGUCACCCCUUAUACCAAAAGAUCUCACGCGUUAAAUACUUCAAGCGACAACAAUGACAGCCAUGCUGGUUACCCUUGCGGCGGCCUUACUGACACUUGGCGGAGUCAUCAAUGCUGCUCACACGCAUAAUACCGCUGCAGCAUACCCGGAGCUAAGGCCAGAGCUCGGAAAAUACCAGGAGGUAUGGAAGUGUUUCCCUCUGAAAGAGACAUGGUAUCUGACAUACCGAAGCCACGAAACCGACCCGGGUUUUGGAGGAAAGGCGAAGUGCGUGAAGGGUUCUCAGACCGGACCAAUAGUAGCUGGCGCUGCCCCCCUUCUUCUUCACACCGGGGGAACCCGAACGAAUGUAACCAUUACCCCUAAGUCCAACCAGGGUUAUCAAGUCAAGAACGCGCUGCAGUUCAAAACACCUCAAGGAAUGCUGGGCGUGCACAUUCCUUACGUGGACUGUGCCUCCUGCGCUCUGUACAGGCAUCCCUACAUCACACCAGGUCCCGCUUGCAGUGUUCUGGUUCCGGAGAGUCAGCUCGGAAAGGACACUGUCUGCGAUUUUGUCUUCGACCUACUUUGCGGCACCUCUGCCAAAUAUAAUAUCUACGAGGAAGGCUGCAAAUAA